AUGGCUUCCCAAAUUUCUCAGCCAUGGCCUCUCCUCUUCAUAACUCUCAUAUGUGCUCUAUUAAUCAGUUGCAGUGGAGAAUCUGAUGCCAGUGAAAAGGUAUACAUUGUAUACAUGGGAGAUCUUCCCUCCAAGAGUGAUUUCUCUGCUACUUCAAUGCACAUGAGCAUGCUACAAUCAGUUAUGGGCAGCCAAAGGGCAUCAAAAUCUUGGCUCCACAGCUACCACAGAAGCUUCAACGGCUUUGUUGCCAAGUUGACCGAGGAAGAGAAGGAGAAAAUUGCUAGCAUGGACGGAGUAGUGUCUGUAUUCCCUAGCACCAAAAAGCAACUCCACACAACGAGGUCGUGGGACUUUAUGGGCUUCCCUCAAGAAGUUAAAAGAACACAAAUUGAGAGCGACAUUAUUGUUGGAAUGUUAGACACCGGUAUUUGGCCUGAAUCGGAGAGUUUCAGCGAUGAAGGGUUUGGCCCUCCUCCAAGCAAAUGGAAAGGCAGCUGCCAAGCCUCCUUAAAUUUUACUUGCAAUAACAAAAUAGUUGGAGCAAAGUUUUAUCAUAGCGAAGGAAACAUUAGCUAUCCAGACGUCCCCUCACCUAGGGAUUCUGAAGGACAUGGAUCUCACACUGCAUCAACAGCAGCUGGAGGCGUUAGGGAAGAACUAAUGGCAUAUAAGGUGGAUAAUGAGUACGAUUACUUAUUCAAGAUUGUUUUGAUUGGAGAUUCGGGUGUAGGAAAAUCUAAUAUUCUUUCCAGAUUUACGCGAAAUGAGUUCUGUUUGGAGUCGAAAUCCACCAUCGGAGUCGAAUUUGCAACAAGGACUCUGCAGGUGGAAGGCAAGACAGUGAAGGCACAGAUAUGGGACACAGCCGGUCAAGAAAGAUACCGUGCAAUCACUAGCGCAUACUACAGAGGCGCUGUUGGGGCACUCGUGGUGUACGACAUAACCAAGAGGCAAACCUUUGAGAAUGUCCAACGUUGGCUACGUGAAUUGAGGGAUCAUGCCGACUCCAACAUAGUCAUAAUGAUGGCCGGCAACAAAUCCGACCUCAAUCACCUCAGAGCCAUCAACGAGCAAGAUGCUCAACUCUUUGCUGAGAAAGAAGGGCUAUCAUUCCUCGAGACAUCAGCACUUGAAGCGCGUAACGUGGAAAAAGCCUUCCAUACGAUUAUGUUGGACAUUUAUCAGAUUAUAAGCAGAAAAGCCUUGGUGGCUCAGGAAGCUGCUGCUAAUAUUCCUGGUCAGGGCACUGCCAUUAAGAUUGGGGAUUACUCAGGCAACUCAAACAGGAGACAGUGUUGUUCUAAUUGA